CUGUAGCAGCAGCAACCCCUCUUGCGAGGAACCAGCUCACGCUAACUUUCUAAACCUUUCCUACCACUUCCUCUAUCACAGCAUUUAGGGUUUGCUUUGGCCGGCAUCCCAAGAUACAUCAAAGGACAGUUUGGCCGAAUAUUUUGUCAUCUCAUAGCAAGGUCCCUUGGCUUUCUGGCGAGGCGUAUCUCUGUCUUCCCUCCCGCACCGGCCAGGUGCUUGCUUCAGAUUCUUUCCCUGGAGGACUCCGCGCACAGAUGUCAAGUUCUCUACAGUCUGGCGUGUAUUCAGCUGUGAGGUGCAGUGAGGAUGGCCAGGCCUCUGGAGCAGGCGGUGGCUGCCAUCGUGUGCACCUUCCAGGAGUAUUCGGGGCGCGGCGGGGACAAGCACAGGCUCUGCCAGGGGGAGCUCAAGGAGCUGCUGCAGAAGGAGCUGCCCACCUGGACCCCGACGGAGCUGCGGGAAUGUGACUACCAUCAGUUCAUGAGCGUCCUGGACACCAACAAGGACCGGGAGGUGGACUUCGGGGAGUUCGUGCGUGCCCUGGCCUGCCUGUGCACCUACUGUCACGAGUACUUCAAGGACUGUCCCCCCGAGCCCCCCUGCUCCCAGUAGGCUCUGCUCCCACGGGCGCCUGACAUGAGGCCCAGGCCGGGCUGACCCAGGGGGCUAGAGACCUCCCCAGGGUCCCAGCUGAAAAGCCCCAGAGCACUGCCUCCCCCUGUGGCCGCAUGGAUGAGGCCCUGACCCUGGAGGGUCCACUUCACGCCUAAUAAAGAACUGG